UGGUUCAAUACCGGGAGACCUCUAAGUCUUGAAUAGUCCGGCCAACUGUGCAAACCCCUACAUGAGGGCUCAGUUAAAUGCUGCAUUCAAUGACAGUAGGAACGGUGCAGCCCACUCUGCUUAAGCUCUCUGAAUGAGAACUGGUUAUAGCUGUCUCUAAAAAAGAAUUAACAAUAAAAAUGUAAAACCCCCAAACUACAAAUCAUGCAGCAUAUUGUAUCCUGUAAAUUAUGUUUUGAUACAAGAGGAGACCAUGAAAGAAUUGUGUUGGACAAAUAUACAACUGUGACUCCAAACUCCUUUUUUCACAGGAUGCAUUCACUAUUUUAUUCAUAUUUCAUAAUUACCUGCAUAUUCCUCCUUAAGGGACAGGAACCUUUCUUUUAAGUAAGUAUAUUACUCAGCCAAGUGUGAAUUUAAAAUAAUCUAGACAAUCAAUGAUUCACAACUUUUUAUUCUCCCAGCAAAAUGCCUUCAGUAAGGUGGAUUGUUACAAUAAAAUUGAUUACAACUUCAGUUUUAUCCCAAAAAGUUUAACCACCAGGAGUCAUUUCUAUCCAGCCCCAUCUAGUGAAUUCUGGUUAAUUCUUGCAAUGAGAUUCGUGCUGAGAUCAUAUUGUUAUAAUCUGCUGUGACUAACACAAGCUCUAAAAUACAACUAGAUUUCAACUCAGAUGUGUUUGUUUGGAAUUUGUUUUCUUAAGCUGCACAUCUGUUUGUUUUGUUUUGACCUGACAUCUUAACAUUAACAUUAACUUAUCAGAUUAUCAGAUUUUACAUCAUGGGUCACUUUAUUCUUCUAUAAACACAUUUAAUUGGUCUUUGGUGGGGUUGAAUAACCAUCAAGAAAUGGUGUGUUGAUGUAUUACAAGUGCUGUCCCAUCUGAACUGACCAGAGAACUUAUUUUGUUUUUAAGUCACGAGGUCAGUUUGAGGAAUGAAGUAAGAUUUAUCUGUAUUGUAAAUUCAUCUUAUCUUGAUGACACUCUCAGAAUAGAUGGGGUUAGGGCAGAACUCCCAAGGUGCUUUCGGACUUUAAGGUGUAAUGAUGGAGUUAUUCAAAAUAUAUUAAUUAAAACAGCUCGAAUCUCAGCACUUCAAAGUCGCAUUACAAGAAAAACCCCAAGCCCAUGUAGGACUCUUACUUAUUACAUGAUAUGUUCUGAUUCAGUGUCUCAGUUUUAAGUAAAGCUUCAGGCCAUUAAAUGUUUGGAAAGAAAAACUGGCUUUUAUCAAUUCUUUGGUAGACAAUCGACCUAUUUUAUAUUUUAUCAUCAUUUGGUGGAAACAUGGAAAAGCCAAAAGCAGAAUUAAGACAAUUUUAAAGUAAAAGGCAUAUGUAUUCAUAUUUAAAUUUAAUAUAAGACACUAUUAUUUUUAGAUAAAAACCAACUCAGGGUUUUUGAAAAAUGCAAUAGUACAUUUCAGAAGGGAAAACAAUUUAAAAAGUGCCCUCUGUGUAUAAAAUAUCAUUCUCAAGGAGCCACAUUUAAGCACAUUACAAUGCAGGUCACAGAUAUGUAAAACUGACCACUAUUUAACUUAAAUACAUAGACAAUUUCAUAUGUUGAUGUUUGUUUUUCCCUUCAAAAUAUUCAUUCUAUUUUUGGGAUUACCAAAUGAGGCUUGUGUAUUUUUGUGUCAUCUUUCCUGAAGUCUGACCAAUAUCGCCCCCUUCCGUCAACAUUGUGACAGUACGCUUUCUGGCGCUGUUAGCAUUAGCCUGCUCCCGCUAGCCUGUUUCGUCCAUUUUGUUUAGCUUAGCUCGGCUAACAUUAGCUUGGUCACCGUGGAGCAGAGAUGGACGACGGUGACGAGCCGGGUUUAGUCCUGUCGCACAACACUUCUUCGGGCUCUAAGUCGGGCGGUGACAAGAUGUUUUCCCUGAAGAAGUGGAAUGCAGUGGCCAUGUGGAGCUGGGACGUAGAAUGUGAUACAUGUGCCAUUUGUCGGGUGCAAGUAAUGGACGCAUGCCUAAGGUGCCAGGCGGAAAACAAACAAGAGGACUGUGUUGUUGUAUGGGGAGAGUGCAACCACUCCUUUCACAACUGCUGCAUGUCCCUGUGGGUCAAGCAAAACAACCGAUGUCCCCUCUGCCAACAAGACUGGGUGGUUCAGAGAAUCGGCAAAUAGGCACCACGUCCUGGUGGACUGUGCAUGCCUGAGAUACGAGUGGGGACAGACCUGACAGCGAUCCCAGCUCCGUCCUUCGCAGUCCUCCAGCUAAUGAUUGCAUGCCUCCAAUGGCCCAGGUAUCAAAGGAGAACCAUGGACAAAGUUUAAGCUGCACGGAUGGGUCGCUUAACGGAACCAGAGUCACGACAGGGCUGGUGAAUAAUGUUACGGUGUUCGGUCACUUGUUUGCUUUACAUUAGUGUCUGUUGUGGAGUUUUGGCGCAUCUUUAAUAUGUGACUUUCUUUUUAAGAAUAAAAAGAUGUUGAAUAGUUGUAACUGAAGUGUGCUUUGUAUGUAAUUCCUAUAAACAAGUGAAACUGUGGGUUGUGGUACCUGCUUUUUCUAUACUGAAUGUGUUAAGCUUCAACAAUGAGAGGGUCAUGAUGUCCAGAGAACCCUCAGUUUAAAAAAGCAGUGGUCCUAGGCAACAAGUGCAGACCUGGAACUGAUCUUUUUACACUCAUGGUAUGAUUUUUAGUCUGAUUUCCAUCCUUUAUAUCAGAUGUGGUCUGAAACCUGUUGCCUAUUUUCACAAACUCAUGAAGGUUAUCAGUUUGUGGGUUUGUAUGUGUGAGGAACGUGCAGUGUUUUACAGCUAAACGUUUCUGUGAAAACAUCAAAUCUUCCGGACACAUAAACAUGUUACACCUUAUCAGGGAAUUAAAGUAGUGGUGGAGAAUUACCGGAUUAAUUUACUCAGGCAUGACUCUAAUGACUCAAAGCCUUGAUGCAGUCUUGGGAGCCGUGUCAGCAUUUUAAAACAAAGUCUACACAAAUUAAGUUGAUUUAUCAAGUUUGUGUUGUAACUAAAAUCAUAUUAACAAAAAUCUGUAAUGAUCUCA